UCUGUGGGCUCUGCGGCCUCCCACCUGCCUGCCUGCCACAUCCAGGCCCCCCACCCCGUGUACCCCGGAUCAACUCCCGGGCCUGCUCCUCACCCCAGCCUGAGCUCAGGGGGCUCUACAAACUUCAGGACUCAGCGGGGCACCGCAGCAGUCACGUGCAUGCUGGGCCCGCGACGGACAGGCUGCCGCUCCCCGGGCCCCCUGAGGCCGCUCUGUUUGCCUCCCGGUGCCGUCUGACCCAGGUGAGCGAGAGGAUGCCGGCGGGGGCUGUGAGGAGCAUGCCCAGCCCCCUCCUGGCCUGCUGGCAGCCCAUCCUCCUGCUGGUGCUGGGCUCGGUGCUGUCAGGCUCAGCCACGGGCUGCCCACCGCGCUGCGAGUGCUCGGCCCAGGACCGCGCCGUGCUCUGCCACCGCAAGCGCUUCGUGGCGGUGCCCGAGGGCAUCCCCACCGAGACGCGCCUGCUGGACCUGGGCAAGAACCGCAUCAAGACGCUCAACCAGGACGAGUUCGCCAGCUUCCCGCACCUGGAGGAGCUGGAGCUCAACGAGAACGUGGUGAGCGCCGUGGAGCCUGGCGCCUUCAACAACCUCUUCAACCUGCGGACGCUGGGUCUGCGCAGCAACCGCCUGAAGCUCAUCCCCCUGGGCGUCUUCACCGGCCUCAGCAACCUCACCAGGCUGGACAUCAGCGAGAACAAGAUCGUCAUCCUGCUGGACUACAUGUUCCAGGACCUGUACAACCUCAAGUCGCUGGAGGUCGGCGACAACGACCUCGUCUACAUCUCCCACCGCGCCUUCAGCGGCCUCAACAGCCUGGAGCAGCUGACACUGGAGAAGUGCAACCUCACCUCCAUCCCCACCGAGGCGCUGUCCCACCUGCACGGCCUCAUCGUCCUGCGGCUGCGCCACCUCAACAUCAACGCCAUCCGGGACUACUCGUUCAAGAGGCUGUACCGGCUCAAGGUCCUGGAGAUCUCCCACUGGCCCUACCUGGACACCAUGACCCCCAACUGCCUCUACGGCCUCAACCUGACGUCCCUGUCCAUCACGCACUGCAACCUGACAGCCGUGCCCUACCUGGCCGUGCGCCACCUGGUCUAUCUCCGCUUCCUCAACCUCUCCUACAACCCCAUCAGCGCCAUCGAGGGCUCCAUGCUGCACCAGCUGCUGCGGCUGCAGGAGCUGCAGCUGGUGGGCGGGCAGCUGGCCGUGGUGGAGCCUUACGCCUUCCGUGGCCUCAACUACCUGCGCGUGCUCAACGUCUCUGGCAACCAGCUGACCACCCUGGAGGAGUCGGCCUUCCACUCGGUCGGCAACCUGGAGACGCUCAUCCUGGACUCCAACCCGCUGGCCUGCGACUGCCGGCUGCUGUGGGUGUUCCGGCGCCGCUGGAGGCUCAACUUCAACCGGCAGCAGCCCACAUGCGCCACGCCCGAGUUCGUGCAGGGCAAGGAGUUCAAGGAUUUCCCCGAUGUGCUGUUGCCCAACUACUUCACCUGCCGCCGGGCCCGCAUCCGGGACCGCAAGGCCCAGCAGGUGUUUGUGGAUGAGGGCCACACCGUUCAGUUCGUGUGCCGGGCGGACGGCGACCCGCCUCCCGCCAUCCUCUGGCUCUCGCCCCGCAAACACCUGGUCUCGGCCAAGAGCAACGGGCGGCUCACGGUCUUCCCCGACGGCACGCUGGAAGUGCGGUACGCGCAGGUGCAGGACAACGGCACGUACCUGUGCAUCGCGGCCAACGCGGGCGGCAACGACUCCAUGCCCGCCCACCUGCACGUGCGCAGCUACUCGCCCGACUGGCCCCACCAGCCCAACAAGACCUUCGCCUUCAUCUCCAACCAGCCGGGCGAGGGGGAGGCCAACAGCACCCGCGCCACCGUGCCUUUCCCCUUCGACAUCAAGACCCUCAUCAUCGCCACCACGAUGGGCUUCAUCUCCUUCCUGGGCGUCGUGCUCUUCUGCCUGGUGCUGCUGUUCCUCUGGAGCCGGGGCAAGGGCAACACCAAGCACAACAUCGAGAUCGAGUACGUGCCCCGCAAGUCGGACGCGGGUAUCAGCUCUGCUGACGCGCCCCGCAAGUUCAACAUGAAGAUGAUCUGAGGGCCAGCGGGGCGGGGGCCCCGGCGUGCCAGCCGGCCCUCUCCUCCCAGGCACACGCACUCUUCUGCCCCCCACCACCUG